AUGGCCAUUCUCAGAUCACUCAGGAAACUUGCCCAGAAAACCUCUGACGCUAGGAGCAGGAGCUUCUUCAUCUCCACUCCAAAUCCCACAUCUUUGCGAUCCCUAAGGUCUUCGAUCUUCCUCUCUCGUUCUUCGAACUCGCUAUUUCCUAGAAUAUCUAAGUCGGACUACCCAUUCCAUGGCCCACUUUUCCUCUCUUAUCCUCCAUGGAUGCUUUUACAAUCCGCCACCCCUCUAUACUUCCAAUCCCACGUCGUUGCCAUCCCUAAAAUACGGGCUUUUGACUUGAUUCGGGAACGUAAGUUCCCGCUAAAAUUAGGGUUAAUAUCGGAGGGAAAUUUGGUUAAUGGGAAGGAAUCGGAGACCGUUGGAAGAGGCGGCGAUGAUGGAUUGGUGGAGAGUUUCGUUAAUUGGCCUAAUAUGAUUUCUAUGAGUAGAUUGGUUUCUGGCCCCGUGCUUGGAUGGAUGAUCAUGCACGAUAUGUAUCUUCCUGCAUUUGUUGGGCUUGUUGUCUCUGGGGCAACUGACUGGUUAGAUGGAUAUGUUGCCAGAAAGAUGGGAAUCAAUUCUGUGGUUGGUUCAUACCUUGAUCCUCUUGCCGACAAAGUUCUAAUUGGAUGUGUUGCCUUGGCCAUGGUAGAAAGGGGUCUUCUGCACUCAGGACUGGUUGCACUUGUUGUAAUGCGAGAUCUUGCUCUAGUUGGUGGCGCAGUGUAUAUAAGAGCUAGUCACUUAGGUUCAGAGUCAAGGACCUGGUUAGAGUUCUUCAACCUUGAUGGGAUCCGCCCGCAGAAAGUUGAGCCUUUGAUGAUCAGUAAGGUUAAUACCUGCUUCCAACUAGCCUUGGUUACGGCUGCUCUUCUGCAACCCGAGUUUGGUACUCCAGAAACCGAGUCAUACAUCACAUACCUAAGUUGGUUAGUGGCUUCAACAACAUUGGCCUCCACUGCAGCUUAUAGUAGACAACAUCUGAAGAGCAGAUCAAUUUUCAUCCAAAAGAAUGUCUAAUCCGAAUGCUGAAAGCAAGUUCCACCCUGGCAGAUAGUAUCUUCUCCCAUGGAAACCGGUAUGUUGUUGCCAUCUGUAGGUCCAUUUUUCAAUGCGUGUAAAUAGUAGAUGAGUUUUGCUUCACUAUUGAACCAUGCAAACAAACACACUCUUGCACAAGUCAGGAUCUUCAUGGAAGCAACCGCUUUACUUUUUUGGGGUAGAGGUCAGGUUUGUGCACAUCUCACUUUCUUAGACCCUACUUUCGAGUGAGAUUUAAUGUGUCGGUUUGGUUUUUUGAGCCAUAAAAACAAACAUGACUUAGGAAUAGGUAGAAAAUAGCUGAGAAUUCUUUUUGGAAUUUAUGAUUGUUGACAUUAUAGUUGUACUAGGUUUUCUAUUAAAAGGAUAUGAUAAACUGAAGUCAAGUUUCUUAAUCUUCUUGCGUUUGGCUUAUUCGAUUAUGUAUUUCCUCAACGAAGUAGCAAGUGAUUGUUUUGCAAGUCAGGGGUUUCCACAUAAAUAACCUCUAUCCCGUCUAGGACAGGGUAAGGUCUUUAAACAUCCACCCUCGUCACCCUCGUCCCUGUUUUUACGUGGGAUAUAAUGGAUGAUAGGCGAUUUGUGCGAACAUC